GCGCAGGGCCGGACUGGAUCUCCGCGCUCUACGCUGCCAGCUCCCGAGCCGAGCCGCAGCCAAAGCAGCCAGAGCAGCUAGAGCAGCUAGAGCAGCUGCAGCCAGGCCGAGCUCGCAGAUCCGCGACCACCGGCCUGUUCUCUCCUAUUCUUCGCGCUGUCGGAGGCGAGAGGGACUGGGGGAGCGGCGGCUGCCCACCUUUGCUUCCAAGCUCGGUGCGCGAUCUCCUCUGUCCUGUCUGGUCAUGGCCUGAGCACCAAAUACGGAGGUCGGGAUCAGUGUCUUCACUCUGACGAUCUGGGGGCCGAAGACGAUAAAAACCAAGAGGAUUCUAUGUAAGAGCAUCGCGUGAGCUUGGGGCGUGGAGGAGAGUGAAAAUUUCCCCUGAUACGGGAGGUGCCAGGGCUUACGAGGCCUGGGAGGGUACCAGGGAGUCCGGCAUCCCGGCAGCUACGACCUCCGUUCGGCCCUCAGGGAGCUAGAAUAAUCGGGUGGCUCUAGGAUCUAGCUCUUGAAGCGGUGUGGUGCCUUCUCUUGUCUGAGGAACCAGGACGUGGCUCAGCGAGUCCCUGGAAAGCCUGCCUCCUGCCCCAGCCCUUCUGGUGCGGAUGUGCCGCUGCCCACUGGAGCGCCAUGAAGGCAGGAUGACCUCAGCCGAAGCAGAGGCUGUGGCUGGAAGUGCCCGGGAGCAUGGCCUCCCCAAGUGGCCUCCUGACAGGCCUCAGGUCCUUGGGCAGCCUGCUCGGGUCAGAGUGGUUGUGGCAGCCCUGGUGUGGUUGUUGGCAGGAGCCAGCAUGUCAAGUCUCAACAAGUGGAUCUUCACAGUGCAUGGCUUCGGACGGCCCCUGCUUCUCUCAGCACUGCACAUGCUGGCAGCUGCCCUGGCGUGCCACUGGGGGGCCCGGCGGCCCAUGCCUCGCAGCAUCCAAGGCAGAGUGUUACUGCUCAGCCUCACCUUUGGUACCUCCAUGGCCUGCGGCAAUGUAGGCCUGAGCACUGUACCCUUGGACCUAGCACAACUGGCCACCACCACCACACCACUCUUCACAUUGGCCUUGUCUGUGCUGCUACUUGGUCGAAGACACCAUCCCUUACAGUUUGCUGCCAUGGGCCCGCUCUGCCUGGGAGCUGCAUGCAGCCUAGCUGGAGAGAUCCGGGCACCCUCAGCUGGCGGUGGCUUCUUGCUAGUGGCCACCUGCCUCCGAGGCUUCAAGUCCGUUCAACAGAGUGCUCUGCUGCAGGAAGAGAGGUUGGACGCGGUGACGCUGCUGUAUGCCACCUCUGUGCCCAGUUUCUGCCUGCUGGCAGGUGCUGCUCUGGUGAUGGAGGCUGGAGUGGCCCCACCUCUGGCUCCCACUGACUGUCGCCUCUGGGCCUGUGUCCUGCUCAGCUGCUUCUUGUCUGUGGUCUACAACCUGGCCAGCUUCUCCUUGCUGGCACUCACGUCCGCCCUCACCGUCCACGUACUGGGCAACCUCACAGUUGUGGGCAACCUCAUCCUGUCCCGGCUCCUGUUCGGCAGUCACCUCAGCGCGCUCAGCUAUUUGGGCAUCGCACUCACCCUUUCAGGAAUGUUUCUUUACCACAACUGUGAGUUCGUGGCCUCCUGGGCAACCCGUCGGGGAUUGUGGCACAGGGACCAGCCUGGCAAAGGUCUUUGAGACCUGGGGGAGCACAUGAGCCAUACCUGGACAGUCCUAACCUGACUCUUAACCAUGGACAAUGAGGUUAAGUGGAGAGCUACUAUGUCUGCCAGGCCAAAGAGAGGAGGUGCCUUCUAGAAGGGCUGCCUUCAGAGAGACACCCCCCCUCGCCCCUGACAGCCUCACCUGUUACAGCAAGGCCCGCCACUGGAUGGUGGGUCCAAGUCUGGCAUGUGUGCCUGCCAGAUGAGUCAUUAUGAUUAGGGUCAAGUAUUACAAUGAAAAUUGCUGGGCAAACUUAGAACACCUCAAUGUGUUAUGAAGACAAUGCCCAGUGGUUGCACAAUCUUUCCUCCGGUGGGGGAGGCCGUGAGGCACACCACAGAAGGCUUCUUCAUUGCUGGGCUCCUCUAAAAACUUGGGGUAGCCUGUGCCAACUUCAGGUAGCUACUGUAGCCUCACUCCAGUGCUUCCUCCUCCCCUGGAUUUGGGUCUUCCAUCCUCAAAUAAACUAUUUUUGCUUGGA